UACUUAAUUAUUCUUGUCUGCUUCACAGCGUUAGUACGGAGAACGUACCGGGGUGUGAAACACACAUUUGCCGGCAGAACAACACCAAAAGAGCGGCAAAGUGUUCACGUUUAUCGUUCGAAGAACAAAUGUCAAGUAAUUGUUAUUAUCCUGGCAACUGAUGACGAGGCAAAACGCCGAACGACUGAGGUAGCAUUAAAGCCGUUCAGGAAUAGGCGCCGUCUGUCGAGUCUCCGUGAAAUAUUUUCAGAGACUUGUCUUUGAAAAUAAAUAGAUUUGUCUGCUGGAAACAAUUCAUACUCCAACGAUCAUAAUGGGAUACGUCGUUUAACUUGUGCGGGUUGACAACAACUAGGGACAUUUGGGAAGACCUCUGGUUAAGUGGACACCGCAAGCGGCCCGUGUCCACAUCAGCGACAGAAGCCGGGGUGUCGGCUUAAGAGUCUUCGGGUGGAAAAUCUCCAACACUAGAGCUACAGCGCUGACUAAAUAGCGUCGUGCGAACAGGAGCUGCGCCGAUAUUUGACCAUUGAGAGCCGGGGAGUAUCCGGACAGAGACCUCAUGAAUGGAAAUCGGAACUUCAGGAGAUGUUGGGGCCCAGGCCCUGUUCUCAGUGCCACGGAGGCCUGGCUUUGGCACCAUGGGGAAGCCUAUCAAGCUGCUGGCCAACUGCUUCCAGGUGGAUAUCCCCAAGAUGGACGUCUACCUCUAUGAAGUAGACAUCAAGCCCGAGAAGUGCCCACGUCGCGUCAACAGGGAGGUGGUGGACUCCAUGGUGAAGCACUUCAAGGUGACCAUCUUUGGGGACCGAAGGCCAGUCUACGAUGGGAAGAGGAGCCUCUACACAGCCAACCCCCUACCAGUCGCCACAGCGGGGGUGGAUCUGGAUGUCACCCUGCCAGGGGAGGGGGGUAAGGAUCGCCCCUUCAAAGUGUCCAUCAAGUUUGUGUCGCUAGUCAGCUGGCACCUGCUGCACGAGGUGCUGAUGGGGCGCACCAUGCCUGAGCCCUUGGAGCUGGACAAGCCCAUCAGCACCAACCCUGUACACGCAGUGGAUGUGGUGCUGCGACACCUGCCUUCCAUGAAGUACACCCCAGUGGGGCGCUCCUUCUUCUCCGCCCCAGAGGGUUACGACCACCCCCUGGGCGGGGGUAGGGAGGUGUGGUUCGGCUUCCACCAAUCGGUGCGGCCCGCCAUGUGGAAGAUGAUGCUCAACAUUGACGUAUCAGCCACGGCGUUCUACAAGGCCCAGCCGGUGAUCCAGUUCAUGUGCGAGGUCCUGGACAUCCACAACAUAGACGAGCAGCCCCGGCCCCUCACCGACUCCCACAGGGUCAAGUUCACCAAAGAGAUCAAAGGUCUGAAGGUGGAAGUGACCCACUGCGGGACGAUGCGGAGGAAGUACAGAGUGUGUAACGUGACUCGUCGUCCUGCCAGCCACCAGACGUUCCCCCUGCAGCUGGAGAAUGGUCAGACAGUGGAGCGCACGGUGGCCCAGUACUUCAGAGAGAAGUACAGCCUGCAGUUGAAGUACCCCCACCUCCCCUGCCUACAGGUGGGCCAGGAGCAGAAACACACCUACCUGCCCCUGGAGGUGUGCAACAUAGUAGCUGGCCAGCGCUGUAUUAAAAAACUCACUGAUAACCAGACGUCCACCAUGAUCAAAGCCACGGCCCGCUCUGCCCCAGACAGACAGGAGGAGAUCAGCAGGCUGGUGCGGAGUGCGAACUAUGAGGCGGACCCGUUCGUCCAGGAGUUUCAGUUCCGCGUGCGUGACGAGAUGGCUCAGGUGACGGGCCGUGUGCUGCCGGCCCCCGGGCUGCAGUACGGCGGCAGGGCAAGCUUGGAACACUUCAUGUCCCAGCAGAUGAACCCUGCGGUGUCAUUGCAGAACCGCACGGUGGCCACGCCCAGCCACGGCGUGUGGGACAUGAGGGGCAAACAGUUCCACACUGGGGUGGAGAUCAAGAUGUGGGCCAUCGCUUGCUUUGCCACACAGAGGCAGUGUCGUGAGGAGAUCCUCAAAGGUUUUACUGACCAGCUGCGUAAGAUCUCUAAGGAUGCUGGGAUGCCCAUCCAGGGCCAGCCAUGUUUCUGUAAGUACGCUCAGGGAUCAGACAGCGUAGAGCCCAUGUUCAGGCACCUGAAGAACACCUACGCUGGCCUGCAGCUCAUCAUCGUCAUCCUACCUGGAAAGACCCCAGUCUAUGCUGAGGUGAAGCGGGUUGGAGACACCCUCCUGGGCAUGGCCACUCAGUGUGUCCAGGUGAAGAACGUGGUAAAGACAUCCCCUCAGACCCUCUCCAACCUCUGCCUCAAGAUCAACGUCAAACUGGGGGGCAUCAACAACAUCCUGGUGCCACACCAACGUCCCUCAGUGUUCCAGCAGCCUGUUAUCUUCCUGGGGGCCGACGUCACUCAUCCUCCAGCCGGAGACGGAAAGAAGCCAUCCAUCGCAGCGGUGGUGGGCAGUAUGGACGCCCACCCCAGCAGGUACUGUGCCACAGUGAGGGUCCAGAGACCCAGACAGGAGGUGAUCCAGGACCUGGCCUCCAUGGUGCGGGAGCUCCUCAUCCAGUUCUACAAGUCUACCCGCUACAAACCAACCAGAAUCAUAUUUUAUAGGGAUGGUGUGUCAGAGGGACAGUUCAGACAGGUGCUGUACUAUGAGCUGCUGGCCAUCAGAGAAGCCUGUAUCAUGUUGGAGAAAGAGUACCAGCCGGGCAUCACCUACAUUGUAGUGCAGAAGCGCCAUCACACACGACUCUUCUGUGCUGACCGGAACGAGCGGGUUGGACGGAGUGGUAACAUUCCUGCAGGCACCACUGUGGACACAGAUAUAACCCACCCCUAUGAGUUUGACUUUUACCUCUGCAGCCAUGCAGGAAUACAGGGUACCAGCAGACCUUCCCACUACCAUGUUCUGUGGGACGACAACUGCUUCACGGCUGACGAGUUCCAGCUGCUCACCUACCAGCUGUGCCACACCUACGUCCGCUGCACCCGCUCAGUCUCCAUCCCCGCGCCAGCCUACUACGCCCACCUGGUGGCCUUCCGCGCCCGCUACCACCUGGUGGACAAAGAACAUGACAGUGCGGAGGGCAGCCAUGUCUCGGGGCAGAGUAAUGGCCGAGACCCCACAGCCCUCGCCAAGGCUGUUCAGAUUCAUCACGACACACUGAGGACCAUGUACUUCGCCUGAGAGUGGGGUGUUGGGAGGGGUAUUCUGUCAGCCUUGUCAAUCUCACAUUGGACCCUGGGCUGGCACAGCUCUGGUCCUGACAAGGGGAUGCCAAGCUGCUAAAGGCAACAACAACUACAACAGCCAGAGUGGAGUACAGAAACGUUAUGCAAUACGAAACCAGCCAAUCCUCUCCUGGCUUGUUCUCUUCUGCUGUGUUUUUAAUUGAUUAUGGAUUGUCUCUGAUAUUGCUCCUUGAGCUGUGCAAGUCAUGUCCUCGCCUGACAGGUUUGACAGCAGCUCAACUUUUGCUUUGUGUUACUUUCAAAAUGCCAGAGUGUAGAAGACAAGACAGGGGAAUUGAUAAGGAUGGUUUCAGGGUGUGGGGGCAUAGCAGGUCCAGUGAGGAUCAGUCUUGUUUCCUCAACAAAGUGAUGAAUGAUAUGCUGACUUGUCUAUCCAAGGGGUUCAAUUGUAUAAGUUGUCCUCUUUACAUGUCUCCGUCAGCUUGUUGUUGUAUGUGCGUCUUCUUAUGUUCUGUAGAAGUCUGAUUGCCAUGAUGAUGCCCGUUUGUCAAGAACGCUCGUGAAUCACAGCUAUGCCAUUUUUCAUACGGCAAGCGCUCUCCUAGUUACUCUCCUCUCUCUAAGCCAAUGGUGACUUACUUGUAGACAUUGCGACAGUCAAAGUUUAACACUGCAUUCUCUAUCAAUAUCAACAGAGUUGUUGUUUUUUACAUACAGCCACAGCCAUUGUUUUAGGGAUUACCUGUUAAGUACUGUUAGAAUAUCAACCCUAGCCACAUCAUGGACCUACUCAGAACCUUUACAGAGUUCACUGUGGUAGCUACAGAUUUCACUUUUCCUUAGUUUUACUCCUGCUAUUUUAAGAGAUUAGUCUUAUUUAACAUUCAUUUUCAGCAAUAGAACACCAUUAGUUUGUCUGUCAAUGGCCGAAGAGGUUUUUCACAUUUUUAACUAAGGAACUGAUGAUGUCAUGCAAUCCUUAAGUGCAAUAUGUCGUUAAUGCAGAAAACCGGUCCAAUGGUUAACAUGCCAAUUUGAUAUUUUUGGGCCAUUAUAAUCGGACAUGGGCAAGUUAUAACGGAUAAAGAAUGUAAACCGGGCCAAGAAUUGAUGCCAUAAAAUUGUUGUGGGGGUGACUAAUGACAAAGCUUUUUUGUAAAUUGGGUAAAUGAGUGCCUGUUUUGGGGGUGAAGAAGAAUUUGAAAGACAAAGGGUGUAUUUCUUUUCGUUAGAGCUCCUGUGAGAUAAGUUAGUUUGUUUAGUUAUACAGUCAUAUUAUUUCAUCCAAGCAUUACUGUAAGCAUGAUAUGUUGUCCAGGACUGUCUGGGGUUAGAGAGCAGAGCGGGUGUGGCUGCAUUGAUUCAGUUUCAUGAUUUUAGUUUUUAAUGUGAAUUAUUAUUGAGUAUGUAGACUGACCAAUUGAAGGUGGGGACAGUUAGCUAACGGAUCUGUCUCAUUCAUUUUAACACUGGUGGUAGGAUUCAUUUUGCACUGUUAAAAGUAAGCAUUCAUAUUUCAGAGUUUUAUCAAGCCAUUUUGUCACAUUGUAUUUGAAGGGCAUUGUCUCUCCAUUUGCCUUGCUGUGAAGUAUCCUCCAGGUGAGGCUUUUGAGUUUCAUCUCGUUCCACUUGGACCAAACCAACGUGCCUGGGGUCAUCUGCUUGGGGAAUGGAUUGUAUGGGCCUUGUCUGACUGGGAUACAGUUGAUCCCUGCUCUCACUGCCUUUGCAAAAGAAGCAGCCGCGUUGUAGCAUGGCCGAUGUUUUGCCACACUCAUUGUCCUAUAGCCACGUGUUACCAGAACAAAACUAGCUGCUAUACUACAUUUUUAUUUUAUUCAUAUAUAUUUGUACAAAGAGACUAUAAGAAUGACAAUUUACUGCACUUAAAGAUGCAUGUGUUUCAGGUGAGACACAUGCCCUGGUGCUGAGAGAUGCAGUUUGUUGUGGGGGGGGGGUUUAGUAGACAGACUGUUUAUUGUAGUCAAGAGAUUGAGAUUCAUUGGGUGUUUUUCAAGGAUCAGGAGUAACAAUAGAGAGUACUCUCUCACUAUGAUACAGGGGACAUACUUUAAUUCCCAGAGGGUACGAUUGUUUAGUAACAUGGUUUACACCGGUUUAUGGACAUCAAUACAAUACAGCUCCGCCCCUGGGGUUUGUGCGAAUUGUCACAGCUAAAAUUGUUACUUUCUUGCAAGAUGUCAGACAUUACCAGCAUUUGAUUUUACUUGAACAGCAUAGGUAGGAUCUGAUCAACUGAAACUGUGGGCUAAUGUGUAACUGCCCUGCUUGUGUGAAUAAUUUAAGUCUGUACAGCAGUAGUACAGGAAGAAUUCACUCUACACUCACGUUGCCACGGAAUCGACCUCUAGAGCCAGUGGGUCGGGUUUUGCAUCUAGGAGGCAGAGCAUUGGGAGCUUGUGCUGUGUUCGUAACCAAGUGGAAGUUUGGAAUUUAUCAGUUGUGAAGUUAUAAAUACCAUUUGGAGGCAUUCGCACAUUUUUGUCUAAUGUCCAACAAGCUGCGUAAACCAUAAACUAAAAGUACAGCUACACUACAUUACCAAAAUUAUGUGGACACCAGAUCGUCGAACAUCUCUUUCCAAAAUCAUGGGCAUUAAUAUGGAGUUCGCCCUCCCUUUGCUGCCAUAACAGCCUCCACUCUUCUGGGAAGGCUUUCCACCUAAUGUUGGAACAUUGCUGCGGGGACUUGCUUCCAUUCAGCCACUAGCAUUAGUGAAGUAUGCAUUAGUGAAGUCGGGCACUGAUGUUGUGCGAUUAGGCCUGGCUCACAGUCGGCCUUCCAAUUCAUCCCAAAGGUGUUUGAUUGGGUUGAGGUCAGAUUCGUCCGUUGGACUGCUAGAUGGUGAAGAGCGAUUCAUCACUCCAGAGAACGCGUUUCCACUGCUCCAGAGUCCAAUGGCGGCGAGCUUUACACCACUCCAGCAGACGCUUGGCAUUGAGCAUGGUGAUCUUAGGGUUGUGUGCGGCUGCUCGGCCAUGGAAACCCAUUUCAUGAAGCUCCUGACGAACAGUUCUUGUGCUUCCAGAGGCCGUUUGGAACUCGGUAGUGAGUGUUGCAAUCGAGGACAGACUAUUUUUACACGCUACGCACUUCAGCACUUGGUUGUCCCUUUCUGUGCUCUUUUGUGGCCUACCACUUCAUGGCUGAGCCGUUUCCACUUCACAAUAAUAGCCCUUAUAGUAGCUCUAGCAGGGCAGAAAUGUUAUGAACUGACUUGUUGGAAAGGUGGCAUCUUAUGACAGUGCCACAUUGAAAGUCACUGAGCUUUUCAGUAAGGCCAUUCUACUGCCAAUGUUUGUCUAUGGAGAUUGCAUGGCGGUGUGCUUGAUUUUAUACACCUGUCAGCAACUGGUGUGGCUGAAAUAUCCAAAUCCACUCAUUUGAAGGGGUGGCCACAUACCUUUUAUGUAUAUAUAAUGGAUCAUGGUUGCAAUCAAAUUAGUGUUAAAAAACCAUAUUAAUAGAUACAUGUUUUGUUUUAUGUUUUGUUGCACAGGUAAUUUCCUUAGGUGAUGUCAGAGGUCACCAUGUGUGAGAUCGGCUUGAUAGACGAGUUUCACACUAGUAAUUACUAGUUGGAGGGCCAUACCAGUGGAUUUUCCCCAGUCGUAUGUGGUAAAUUCCCACUUGGUUACGAACGCAGCAUCAUUCUGAGGCAGGGGGGUAAUACAUGGCUAUAUAAUGCACUACUUUUGACCAGGACCCAUAGGCCUCUUGGCAAAAGUAGUGCACUAUAGGGAAGUAGGGUUGCAUUUGAGGUUGAACCAGGCUCCUUCAUGUGUUGCCCCCCACCACUAAAAGCUGGACAUCAGAUGCCUUCUUUUGUUAUUCUAAUGCAUUUUUAAUUCCGAAAUGGAGAUAUAUUUGUAUAUUCAAAAUAUGGAAUAAUAUAAUGAGCCACUUAUUUUUGCUAAUAAAUUCUAGAAAAGUAGAACAAUAAUGACGAUAAUAAUGAAAUAAAGACCAUAGUGAUAUAGUCACUGAUAAUAAUCCAAAUGUAAUAAUUCAAUAGACUGUUGUUUAUUUCCUGGUUGUUAAAAUUCUAGUAGUUCCCCUAUUUUGCUAAUGAAUUCUAGAAAAGUAGAACAAUGAUGACGAUAAUAAUGAAAUAAAGACCAUAGUGAUAUAGUCACUGAUAAUAAUCAAAAUGUCAGUUAUUCAAUAGACUGUUGUUUAUUUCCUGGUUGUUAAAAUUCUAGUAGUUCUCCUAAUUUCAGUUUGUGACAAAACAAAACAUUGUACCAUCUAAACUGCUGUGAAAUAUCUUUUUAAUAACCAAAAAAAUUGGCUUUUUGGCUUUUUUAAGCUGGUGUACAAACCGAAAGUAAACCCGAAACUUAAGAACGGGAAGCCUAGAAAAAGUGCACAUAGAAUAGAUCAACCGCUUUUUAGACUUGCUUUAAAUGACUGACAGAUCUAUAACUCACAUUUCUAUGUGCAUUUGGUCAGUCGCCAAUGAAGUUACAUAUUGCAGCUUUUAAAGCAAAGCGUGUCAUAUCGAAGCUACAUCUGCUGCAUUUAAAUGACCUACUGUGUGUGUGGGGGGGGGGGGGCUUGUUUUUUUUGUGGCAGCUGUUGUCUUGUGACUGAUUGGAUGAACCUCCUGCUAUUUCCCAUCACCCUCCUCUCUGUUCAAUGAACUAACUAUCUCUGGAGAGUAGCCUAGCUUCCAUUCAGUAGGUUCCAGUCAUCUCACAGAGCCUGGUCUUCUAGAACCUGUAGUGAAUGUGACCUACAUUUUGAUUGAUUUCCUCCAACAUUUGACUGUGCAUCCCUCAAAGUUUUUCUUGUGGAAGGAGUGAAGGUUUUAUCCUUGGACAGAAUAGUCUGUAGACUGUGCCUUUUCCUGAUGGUGCUGAAAACAAGUAAAUCAAAGAGAUCUUACUUUCAAAAUGUUGAGGGCAAUAUGCCUAUGUCUACAUUGAUACGUAUAUAUUGAUACAUGACAAUUUUGUGUGGGUGCCUGGGUGUCUGUUUGACACUGACAUACAGUAUAAGAACACAAUAAUAUGCAGAACCAACCAGUUUUGAGGUGUCAGGACCAAAAAUGCUUAUGGGGAUGGUAAGGUAGGCAGGCACUCGCAUGGCACAACCAAAAAAGUUGCAUUUAAUAACUGGGCAUGACACUAUAGUGGAUAUUUUAGACUGCCACCCUCCUCAGGUGGAAAAUAGUUUUCUGUAAUGCAUGGGAUUUCCAACCCUGGUUCCCUUUGUUUAAACCUUUAGUAGAUAGAUGUUCAGUGAUGGUGUUCUACCCAAAGUGAACAGCAAUAAACAAAGUGAUCUUUAGGCUCUGAGCAACUAGCUGUUGGGGUUACACCAGGGGGUGCUUCCCAAAUGGCACCAUAUUCCUUAUAUAGUGCACUACUUUUGACCAGAGUACCUCUUCUCUUGAAUUACCACUUUGCAUACCAUAUGCCACAUGUUGAUGCUAAAUUCUUUCAAACACCUUUUGUUCUGUCCCAAAUAGCACCCUAUUCUCUUUUAUAGUGCACUAAUAUUGGCUCUGAUCAAAAGUAGUGCACUAUAUAGAUGGAUGGAAUAGUGCCAUUUGGGAAGUAACUCUGGUGAACCCAACCAUUUAUUCCAGGCCUUAACAAAAAUGCAUUCUAUUUGUUUAGAACCACUGCUCUUGCAUGUAUACAUUUCUUCUCAAUAUCUUACAGCUAGAGGUUUACAGACAGAGAACAACAUGCAAUUUUGCCACAAGAAUGCCUGCUUGCCUAGGAAAGAAUUCCUCCGAAAAUCUCCAAACCCUGCACCUCUUCUUGUGGUUGGCUGCAUAUCGUACUUAUUAAUAAGAUGCAAAUGACACAUUCAUUUGGUAACAAUAUGCAAAGAAAAUAAUUGCAAAUACCUUUGUCUGUCUGAUGCUGUUUAGCCUUUUUAUUUGGUUGUCAUAUGUAAUUGUUUUAAUUAAAACUAUGUAUGAAA